AUGACAAUGAUCCUGGACAUCGAGUCGAUAAUGAGGGUCCUGACCAAGACGCAAGUGGUUGACAUGGAAAACAAGUCUUACGUGCCUUUGAAGCAGCCCAUAAUUUUCCAGUUGGAAGGGUUCAUCGUUCCCAAGGAAACGGCCCAUCUCCUCUUCGCGCUGUCCUUGCUCGGGUACCUGGCCACGCUGACGGGGAACGGCGUCGUCUGCGUCGCGAUAUUCGUCGAGAAGUCGCUGCACAAGCCCAUGUACGUCAUGAUCUGCAACCUCGUCGCCUGCGACCUGCUGGGGGGCACCGCCAUGCUGACGAGGCUGAUGUCCGACUUCCUGUCCGAAGAGCGGACCAUCACGUACGCGGCCGCCAUCUUCCAGGCGUUCAGCAUGCACACGUACGGCUCCGCCACGCAGACCAUACUGUCCGUCAUGGCGUACGACAGGUACGUCGCCAUCUGCGAGCCGCUCAGGUACCACACCAUCAUGACCAAGGGGAAACUGGUCGGGCUUUGCCUGACUGCCUGGCUCAUCGCAUUCAGCUUGGUGCUGAUCUUGUUCGUGAUGAACGUGACGACCCCGCUGUGCGGAACGCUGAUAGUGCACGUUUACUGUAGCAACAGGUCGAUACUGCGGCUGGCGUGCCACCCUACCCCUUACAACGACAUCUACGGGCUGGUUAUGACGUGGUCGUUGAGCACUGGAUCUUUCCUGGUCAUCGCCUUCUCCUACAUAAAAAUCCUGGUGGCGUGCUUGGUCGUUAGGAAAGAGACCAACAAGAGAAAAGUCAUCCAAACGUGCGCGCCUCACCUGGUUGCUUACGUCAUAUUUGAAAUCACUUCCAUCAUUAUAAUUAUGUCCUAUCGCGUUCCGGAGAUAAGUGAGAAUAUGAAGAAGUUUUGCUCGAUCCUGUCCAUAAUUCUACCGCCUAUUAUCAACCCGAUCAUAUAUGGCUUGGUAAUGAGGGACAUACGCGUCAACAUCAUCAAACUUUUUAAGAGAAAAGUUGUUCCAAAUCAGUGAACUUGAAGUUAUUAUAUGUUAUAACUUGCCCCUAUAUGAAGUUUUAGUGUACAUGAUACAUUUGUGUAUUCCUUUCAAAAUGUAAACAAAUAUUGUCAAAUGAUAAAUCAAAGAGAAGAUAAAAGAUAUUUAAGAUAUGAUAAAGAAGAAAUGAAUUAAAAAUAAAGCUUACUUGAAAAUAAGCAUGUUUGCUUUUUGCCUUAUUUACAUAGUAAUGAUGAUGAAAAUGUCAUUUCCAUGUCAGUAUCAUUGCCAAGUUCUGUCUCCCCCUGCAUCCUAAUUCUGACUAAACGUUCUAUUUUAUUGUAAUGUUUAUUCACCACUUUGUAUUAAUCAUCUCAUGUCUGCACACAUUAACCCUUCACUAUUGCUCCCACAAUUAAUCUGGAGAAGCGCGUGCAGUGUUUUAAGCUUUAACUUGAAUAUGCAAAUAAACUCUCCCGUCUAGUUUUGAUGCCUGUGGGUGUGUUAUGAGGUGUUGGCAUGCGGUGUGAUAUGGUGUCAACGAACAAGAUAUUCCACACAAUCCUUCACACACAGGCACAGGCAAGGAAGAGAACGAAGUUGCCAACCAUCUUCCUCAGUCACACACACACACACACACACACCUAUGCAUGUUAUUACAUAUUUUAAUAUAUUACCCCUGAUUGCUGCUUCAUUUUAUUGCACUAAUGGAAUUGUUCUUGCAGUUUUAUGGCAAUGGCUUUUAAAAAUUUUUUAAAUCCUGUCUUUCCCCCUCUCAUUCUUUUUCAAUAAAGUGGUCU